UUCAUAAGGCACUUUGACACGCCGCUGCAUUCCCGAGCUCUGAUACCCCCUGAGUGUAUGAGGGACAUACUGACACACACUUGGCACUCAGAGUGUCUGAGGCGAACCAAGCACACAACAGCUGCCCUAGAAUGAGCUGACCCUCUUUAGACAUGAGUAAACCACUGAAUUGACUGUCGGCAGUUACUCUCCUAUUACUCGGCUUUACUUCCCCCGAGCAUCUUUACUCCCGUUUCCUGCUCUCUCCUUCACACACGCUUUAUUGUUUUAUUGUUUACUGUUAUAACCCUGGAACACAGCCAACUCUACUGAACAUCACAGCCCUCUGUUUUGAACACCACAUCUCUCUGUUGUACGAUAAUCCUGGAACACAGCCAUCUCUACUGAACACCACGGCCCUCUCUGCUGAACACUGAUUCCUGCACCAUGACCCUGCACUGACUCUUCUCAGAUAGUUGCCACAUCCUGAACACUAACUCAGAUUACAUGUGGUUGUUAGUCUCCCUGCUCAUAUGCAAUAGAGGGUGAUGCUGCAAGAGGCUGCACCCUUAUAAAGCUGGACAGGAAUAGCACAAGAACCUUCCUACAGCCCCACUCUUUAUACCUCUCCCCUUCCCCUCUCUCUGAGAGGUUCAGCCAAUGGCAGCCAUUGUGCUCAGAUCCCACCGCUGGCUGUCAGACUUGGUUAGCUCUCAUAGUCGGGGGUGUCAAACCACGCUAAGAAAAGCCCCAUGCACACGCUAUAUCAGUAUGUUAUUGUGAAAAAUGUCAGGAAGUAAAAGACAUAAAAUGUAAAAAAAAACAGUAAAAUGAAAUAAUGCGGUUUGGGAGAGAAGACGCAGACCGUAUAAAAGCUGGCCAGGGUUGGCGUGCGCGCGGGCAUCUCAGCGGGGCGCUGGGCAUGACCCAGCCGCUCACACGCACACGCUCUCUGCCGCGGCUCGUGUGCGUGACCCCGGCUCGUUUUCACUUUAUGCGCUUUUCUAUAUAAAACAGAGGCUGCCCCCGCAGAGCUGGCUGGGCAGUGUACUGCGUGUGGUCGUAAACACAAACGGGGGGGGGGUGGGAGCGCAGACGGUGCACGUCUACACGCACGCGAGCUCGGCAGCACACGACGGCAGAUACCGGCUGUCGCCCUCAUCUUCGCGGACAGGGCUGAAGGCAACAGGAAGUGGUUGUUCAUAAGAAUAUUCACUAGUAUUAUGAAGCAGAAUACAAUGGAAACAGUAAACAUGUAAUUGGUGAGUCAAAGCAUGAAUUCACUGAGCCAUUUUGAAACUGUGGUGUCCAGGAAGAUUUUAAAGUUUCCGUGUCACAGUCUUACACGACUAUAUAUCAUUAAAUUUAGCAGAAACCGCAAAGUUUCAAGCAGAUCCAAAACCGUAGUGCCUGGAAGACUUCUCUAUGCUGACAUGUAUCACACGGAGGUGAUACAGGAGGGAAAAUGCCAUGAAGCUGAAUUUUUCCCAGUCAUACUACUGCAGCCAUAUUUUAAAGAUCUGUAGACAUCAAAGGAAAUAUAUUAGCCAGACGGAAUUUGUAGCUUCACGUGAAGGAAAAUGAUUGGUGACAUAAAAGGUCACAAUUUCAGUCCUGCUCCAUUCCCUAAAGGAAGCGUCAGCACCUGAAGGGGGCGACGUGUGGAUUAUGUCCAGUGAGCAUCUCCUUCACUAGCGGGCAUGAUCAUGAAACACAGCCUAUUAUGAACUUUACAGAUUGGCAUGCUGUGGUCUAAACACAUUCAAAUGCAAUAAUAUCAAAUAAAUAUUGUAAUCAAAUGACUCAACAAUAAAAAAAAGAGAGAGUAGUCUUCGAUAAUUAAGCAGAGAAACACCUCUUCUCUGAAUCAGCAGGCCGGCAGACAGGGCAGAGGCAGUGUGCUGUAUUUUUAGAUCUGGGCUGCUAAAACCUGCCAGGGUGACCUGUACAGCACGAAAGGACAUGAAUUCUAAGCUAUAAGAUUUACCAGACAUCCUGUUAUACCUCCUUUUGAGGGCAGAAAAGGGUUCUGCACUGUCAAAAUGCACAGAUAGUGCAUCUAACCGGCACGGCGGUGUGUUCUGCAUUUUUUGGUGACCUUUUCACCCUUUUUAAUCCCAAAUUCUGUUUAGUCAACAAGCACAAUUGUUUGCUAAGGAAAACAAAUUCUCUUGGAUGCCAGGGACCAAAAUAGCACAGACCAGCAUCCACCAUGACAUUCAAUACAUUGUCACAGCUUGAGACAUGUGGCAAAGCAAACCACAAUACAUGCAUUAAUAUUCUCUGCAGAAUAAGGAUUAGAUUACAUUAAAUCCAUGAAACAUUAACACAAAAUCCUGUAUAUAAUGUUAUAACACAAAUGUUCCUUAUUUUCUCUUCAGCAGCUACCCUCUGAUUGAUAAUCCUAAGUAUCUUCCCAGAGCUCCCAGUAAAUUGGUGUAUAUAAACAUGAGAAAAGUGGUAGUUUGAGGGUGUGAAGAGAGCAUUUUGCACACAGUGCAUCCAUAAAUGGAAGCAGCUGCUCUCAAUCCAAUAUCAGAACAGCGGAGAACCAGGUUCCACUAAGACAAGGAUACAAAUUACAUUUGUCAGUUAUGGGGGCUGCAAAGGGCCAUGCAACCAGUAUGAACUGUUAUGAAACAUCAUCACAGUUACUAUUAAUACAGUUAUAUUUUCAAAUGCAUCAAAGUAACUACAUAUAUGAAUUGCAUGUGGUAAUGCGUACUCUUUAGAGUAAAAUAAUAAAUUACAUAUAACAUAAAGUGACUUAAAUAUAACAUACUAACCUAGCACUGCAAAUUCAGCAUGCCCACUGCAACAUGUGAUCUCACGCAGUCACAUGUAAGCACUCAGACAGGCCUUCCCACACUGGCUUACACUCUGCUGGAGUUUCAUGACUGUAGUCUCGUCCUUUUGGUGGUGCAGUAAUAAAGGCUUCCUGCCCUUUGUUCCUCUAAAUGCUAUGAACAGACGAGACCUGCUUUAUACAUUUGAUCAUUCUUCCUUUAUUCUAGCCCUAACUUUCCAUCACUUUAUUUUUUUUUGUUAAUGUCAUUUGAUGAAUAGACCCCUUUGUUCCAAUUAAAGGAAGCAAAAUUUUAAAUGUUUUUUUUCCCCCAAAUGAGUCAUGAGACCAUGCUUUGGGACAUGUUCAUACCGGUCACAUGAGCUGCGGGAUCUUCGCUACAUUGGAAAGCAGGAGGGAGUGAGGUAGUGGCUCAGGGAUAGAGGACAUGGUGGAGGAUUAGCGGUGGAGGAUCUGGGACAUGGGACUGGCGUGUGUCCGGGAGAGUUGCUGUAGCUGCUGGAGAGAGACAGCAAGAGGCGUUGAGGACAAGAAACAGCCGUCAGCGGAGAAGCAGGCAGAGGUGUCACUGAAGCUACCCGAGCUCAAUGACCCGGCAGAUGCUCCCUACUCCCCAGAAGCCCAGCCACACUGGUUCCACACACUGCAAGUCCGCCGCCUUCGGGUUCAAAGGUCACGAAGUAACAGUGACCCCAUGGGAGGCAAAAAUUUUGAAAAUGAAUUCCAGUGGAAAACUGGUCUCCAGUUUGGUACAGCCACAUCCUACUUGAAUUUGGAGAAGCUGGGGGAGGGAAGUUAUGCCACAGUGUACAAGGGAAUAAGCCGGAUAAACGGCCACCUGGUGGCUUUGAAGGUCAUACGCAUGAAAACAGAGGAGGGGAUCCCCUUCACAGCCAUCCGAGAAGCCUCUCUGCUGAAGGGCCUGAAACAUGCCAACAUCGUCCUUCUGCAUGACAUCAUUCACACACGAGAGUCACUCACCUUUGUCUUUGAAUAUGUGCAAACAGACCUAGCCCAGUACAUGACUCAACACCCAGGGGGACUGCACUCCUACAAUGUGAGGAUCUUCAUGUUCCAGCUACUCCGAGGUCUCUCCUAUAUCCACGGGCGUAGGAUCCUUCACCGGGACCUCAAACCUCAAAAUCUUCUCAUCAGCUAUUUGGGAGAGUUGAAGCUGGCAGACUUCGGUCUGGCCCGUUCCAAGUCCAUUCCCAGCCAGACCUACUCCUCUGAAGUGGUGACACUGUGGUACAGACCCCCAGAUGUUUUGAUGGGCUCCACUGAUUACUCCACAGCUCUGGACAUCUGGGGUGCUGGCUGCAUUUUUAUUGAGAUGCUCCAGGGGGCACCAGCGUUCCCGGGGGUAGCAGAUGCUUUUGAGCAGCUGCAGAAGAUCUGGGCAGUGCUGGGCGUUCCAACAGAGGAAACCUGGCCUGGGGUCAAUGAGCUGCCCAAUCACAAACCAGAGUGGUUCCUCCCUUGUGAGCCGCGGCAAUUCCGGAAUGUUUGGAAAAGGCUGGGACAGCUGCCCUACAAGACGGAGGACUUGGCCCAGCUACUGCUAAGGCCUGCCCCUCGAGACCGGAUCCCUGCCCAUGAUGCCUUGCUACAUCCCUACUUUAACACCCUGCCGCCACCUCUGAUGCACCUCAGAGACACGGUGUCCAUCUUCAAGGUCCCCGGGGUUCGACUGGAGGCGGAGGCCAGGGAUAUCUUCAGUCCUGGAGGGAGGAUAAAGCCCUCUCACACCCCCCUCACCAAGUGCUGGUGAUCAGCCUCUGGCAUUUGUGUGGCCACCCGAGACCCCUGGACAUCAGCCCUCGUGGGAAGGACCACAACACACACCUCACCAGCAUUCGGCCCUGUUUGUGCUUAUCCCUGCACCUCCCCCAAAUAUUCCAUGUGCAAGAAGACCUCAUGAACAGAAAGUGGCAGUGUGGUGCUGAGGCUGGUGGGGGGGGGGCUCCUUGCGGUCCCCCUUGCAGACAUCCCAACAUAAGGAUAUUGAUUUCAGGGAGGCAGAUGAGGGGCAUCCGGAAGGGUGGGGCUGCCAGCCAAUUCUUGGCUGGUAUUACAGUAGUACCAGGGGGGUAAAAUUUGCCGACCGGGACUAGAGGAUGGUGAUAAAAUUUGGGAUGAUGUUAUUGGCGGCUAAUUUCACCACCAACGACAGAUUUGCUGGAUAUUGCACAUCAUUUGCGGGUGUCGGGGAGCAGUUGUCAAUUUGCGAGAGACUCUGGGACCUUCCAGAAGGGGUGGGAUGUCUGCCCUUUGCCCCAAAGCUGAUGGCCCACCAUUGCACCCGAGAGGUGUGAGCCAGUACAGGCAGGCUAAGACCUGCAAAUUAUCCAGGGGUAGCUUCCUGUUUCCAAAACGGUUUCUAAAAUUUUUAGAACAUCAGGCUUUAGUUGUGUGUCCAUUUUAGUGUGUUUGAGAGAAGAAAGACAGGUGAUGAGUGGAGAGAUUUUUAAAUGUUAUUUUGCGGUUUAUACAGCUCCAUUGUAAAAUGAAGCCAUAAAUAAUAUAUGUGAAGAAAUCUCUCAUAUGACAAUGUGUUUUAUUUUGCAAAAUGUAUAAGAAAAAUAAUAGCUACAUGAGUAAUAUGAACAGUUGUAUAUUUAUAUAUUGAGUUCUGUAUAUCCAUAUAUAAGAAGUACUGAAAUUAUAGUACAUUGACCAACACUACAUAAGUGAACCUAAGCUUCCCAAAUGUUUGCUGAUUCCUACAUGGGGAAAACAGACAGUCUUGGCUGUUACUGUGUUUUCUCCAUGAGGCCAAAUGGUCUUUAUGCUGGUGCUUAUUGAGAAGAAAGUGCAUGUGCAUCUAGCCAUGGAAACCUUGUCAUGAAGCUUUGCAUCUUGGGCUACCACGCAACACAAAGGCGAAUGGUAAAAGGCCUCUGGGACUGGUGUAUGCUGGGAUGGUGAUGACCUGUCUGUGUAUAGUCAAGCUGUGUAUUAUUUUGAAUGCUAAUAGAACAAUUAUUGGCAUCGUGGUAGUGGGAGGGGUUAAAUCUGCCGGACCUUCUAGAGACAUUUUGAGUUGCCAGUGGUCUGCCCUCCUCCGCCCCCCAAUAUGCACUCAUGUAUUUUGAAUACAGUAAUUGGUUCCAUGCAACUUUCUGUGUAAGAUUAAGAGGAGUGAAUGUAUAGGACUGGAUUGGUCACGACUAAACUGGUCCACAAUGACAAAAUAUCUUACAAACCAAAGGAUUUUGUUUGGUGAAUUACAAAUCUUGUUCCUGUAAUUUGGAAGGUGCCUGAGUUUAACGGUUUUCCCCUAUGAAUGCAUGGACAUCAGUACACCCAAGUGACCAGCUGUUUCCAGGAGAGUAAACUGCCGUGGGCCAUGGAAACCACAGGUCUUUUUGGUCUAGUGCAAAGUGCCAUGGACAUCUUAGCACAAAUGGAGUAUUUUAGGAAGCUGGAGAGAAUCCCUCACGCAAUACCAGGGCACAGUAUUCUACACAGACCAGAAAGCGGUUUAGGGUGGCUAACCAUGAUUCAUAUAAUCAAAAUAUUCAUCCUUUGAAAGCAGAAGACUCUCCUAAUGAGUAAGAAACAUACUUUGGUGUGUUUCUGUUUUAGUUCAAAAUGAAUUACAGUAUGACUAGCGACAUGAAUUACAGCAGUGUUAAUAAAGAUGUACAUGUUUUUCUUGGUAUCUUCAUGUAUUUAAAUGAUAGUGGAUUCUCCGCUUACAGUGCACUAAGACUGGAAAAUGCCCUUUUGUGUGUGUGGGCAUCAGGGCAGGGCCAAAUGAAUUCUGAUUGUGUGUUGCUUUGAACCAAUGUUGACUAAUAAAAGAGUAUAAAUGA